AUGUUUCCUAAACUUAUGGUUUCAGUCUUUCAUAGUCUUCAAAGUUCAUAUAUCCAUGGGUACUUGGAACUGCUCCAGCAUCUUCUGAACAAGCGUGGCAUAUGGAAGUGCGCUCUUCCUAGCAGCACAUUGCAUAAUGAUUUCUUCCCUUGCCUCUGCUGCUGCUGCUGCAACCUUUUGUGGUUAAAUGAAGACACUGAUGAAAGUAAGGUGCAUCAAGUGGUUAUGCACAAGUUGGAUUCAAAAGUUGUGGUAUUUCCUCACAACCCAUGCCGACCAUUCAAGCUUCUGCCUUUUCUUCGUUGUAUCCACACCUGCAUUGCUGGUUCUUAUCAAUCUACGUACCAUUCCAAUCAGCUCCUCAAUGGGUUGUCGAAAUCUGGUCGAAUGGAUGAUGCCCGGAAAGUGUUUGACAAAAUGUCUCAUCGGGAUGAGUAUACUUGGAACACCAUGAUAUAUGGUUAUGUUAAUAUGGGAAGAUUGGUUGAAGCAAGAGAGCUUUUUGAUGGGUUUUCGAAUAGAAGUUCUAUCACUUGGUCCUCCAUCAUAUCCGGGUAUUGUAGAUUUGGGUGUGAAGCUGAAGCUUUUGAUUUGUUUAGGUGGAUGAGGUUGGAGGGUCAGAAACCAAGCCAGUACACUUUAGGAAGUAUUCUGAGGUUGUGCUCAGCAUUGCGUUUGAUCCAAAACGGGGAAAUGAUUCAUGGGUAUGUGGUGAAGAAUGGAUUUGAAUCCAAUGUGUAUGUUGUCACUGGCCUUGUUGACAUGUAUGCAAAGUGUAAGCACCUUUCAGAAGCUGAGUUUCUCUUCAAGGGGUUGGCCUUUGACAAGGGAAAUCAUGUCCUGUGGACUGCCAUGGUCACUGGUUAUGCUCAAAAUGGUGAUGGUCAUAAGGCAAUCGAGUUUUUUCGUUACUUACGUGCAGAAGGGGUUGAGUCAAAUCAGUUUACAUUUCCUAGCAUAUUGACAGCAUGUUCUGCAGUUUCAGCACGUUGUUUUGGAGAACAAGUGCAUGGUUGCAUUGUGCGGAGUGGUUUUGGAUGCAAUGUAUUUGUUCAAAGUGCGUUGGUUGAUAUGUAUGCAAAAUGUGGAGAUCUAAGUAGUGCAAAAAGGGUAUUAGAAACUAUGAAGGAUGACGAUGUUGUUUCAUGGAACUCCCUGAUAGUUGGGUGUGUAAGACACGGGUUUGAAGAGGAAGCUCUACUCUUGUUUAAAAAAAUGCAUUCAAGAAAUAUGAAGAUUGAUGAUUAUACAUUCCCAUCUGUCCUGAAUUGUUGCAUAAUAGGCAGUAUAGAUGCAAAAUCUGUUCACUGUUUGGUAGUCAAGACUGGAUUUGAUAAUUAUAAGCUUGUUAGCAAUGCUCUUGUUGACAUGUAUGCCAAAACUGGGGACUUGAAUUGUGCAUAUGCAGUGUUUGAAAAGAUGAUUGAGAAAGAUGUCAUCUCAUGGACCUCCCUUGUCACUGGUUAUGCACAAAAUGGCUCCCACGAAGAAUCCCUGAAGAUUUUUUGUGACAUGAGAAUUGCAGGGGUAAGUCCAGACCAAUUUAUUGUUGCAAGUAUUUUGAGUGCCUGCGCAGAACUGACUGUUCUAGAAUUUGGUAAACAAGUGCAUUCAGACUUUAUAAAAUCAGGCCUUAGAUCGUCACUGUCAGUGGAUAAUUCCCUUGUAACCAUGUACGCAAAAUGCGGAUGCCUGGAUGAUGCUGAUACCAUUUUUGUUUCAAUGCAAGUUCGGGAUGUAAUUACUUGGACAGCUCUUAUUGUUGGUUAUGCACAGAAUGGUAGGGGAAGAGACUCCUUAAGAUUUUAUGAUACUAUGAUAACAAGUGGCACAAAACCAGAUUUUAUCACAUUCAUAGGAUUAUUAUUUGCUUGUAGCCAUGCUGGUCUUGUGGAUGAUGGUCGCAUAUAUUUUCAGCAAAUGUGUAAGGUUUACGGAAUAAAACCUGGCCCUGAACACUACGCCUGCAUGAUUGAUCUUUUUGGACGUUCAGGUAAGCUUGAUGAGGCAAAAGAAUUACUAAAUGAAAUGGAUGUGGAGCCAGAUGCAACGGUAUGGAAGGCACUCCUUGCUGCAUGUAGAGUGCAUGGAAACUUAGAGUUGGGAGAGAGGGCAGCUACAAAUCUUUUUGAGUUGGAACCCAUGAAUGCUAUGCCUUAUGUUAUGUUGUCUAACAUGUAUUCUGCAGCUCAUAAAUGGGAUGAUGCUGCAAAAAUUCGAAAGUUGAUGAAAUCAAAAGGAAUAAUUAAGGAGCCUGGAUGCAGUUGGAUUGGGAUAAACAGCAGAGUGCAUACCUUCAUUUCUGAAGACAGAGGACAUCCAAUGGCAGCUGAGAUUUAUUCCAAGAUUGAUGACAUUAUAAUAAGAAUUAAGGAGGCUGGUUAUGUUCCAGAUAUGAAUUUUUCUUUGCAUGACAUGGAUAGAGAGGGAAAGGAGGUUGGUCUUUCUUAUCACAGUGAGAAGCUGGCUGUUGCUUUUGGAUUACUUGCUUCUCCACCAGGUGCACCAAUUCGCAUAUUUAAGAAUCUCCGGGUUUGUGGAGAUUGUCAUUCUGCUAUGAAAUAUAUAUCAACAGUUUUUACCCGUCAUAUAAUAUUGAGGGAUUCAAAUUGUUUUCAUCAUUUUAAAGAUGGAGAAUGUUCUUGUGGAGAUUAUUGGUAG